AUAAGAGUCGCACGUGUGCCUGUUCGCGUGAUAAAACAGAGAAGUGAAAGAAACGAUAGAAGACGAGAGGACGAAAUAUGCCGAAGAAGGAAUAUUAUAAUAUCACUCCGGAACAACGGGAGAUUGCGUUAUGGAGAGACGCGAAACGAAGGCAGUUACGCGAGUUGUACCUGAAGGAUUCUGGACAUCCGACCAAGAGUCUUCUGUUUGAUUCAGCGCUACACAGAUUUGCGGCGUCAAAAAUGUCGAUACGACAGCUUUUUGUGCCUACAGCGUUAGGCUACCUUACAAAAGUGGGAACCAUUACAGCUGCCAUUGUCUUUACUGCAGUGCUUCUCAAAAAGAGAAAAGAUGCACAAGAACAUUUAUAUCGUACCGGACAAGUUAGUUAUGCGGACAGACCAUAUAAAUUCGUCUAAAAUAUUAGACACAUAAUUAUUUAGCAAAAUAAAAGUACAGUUGUGAUGUAUUAUUAUAUAAUAAAAUAAAUUAUCGAAAUAUAAUAUUAAUUUUAAAUCCAAUAUAAU